CAAAACAAUUUCUGUGUCUACUACCUGAUAAACCCUAUGCAGUGGGAGGUGCCUUGAAAUGAGGUUACAUAUCUUGUUCCUACAGGCAUGAAUUGCAGAAGCAAGUUUAUAAAGUUUCCACUAAUCUCUGGCAUGUGCUGUAAUAGAGGAAUCAAAGCGGAGGACAAGACACACAGACUCAGUUGAUUCUCUCCAUUCUGAAUUGUCCAACUGAACCGUGAUGGGCCUUCUGCACUUGAUCCUGCUAUCUACUUUCCUCUCAGUUUCCAUGACAUCAGAAUCAUUUCAUGCAAUGGAAGACGAAGCUUUGAUUGUAAAGUGUCCCCAAGACUGUCAAAAUAGGACUGUCAAAUGGUAUCACACACAAACUAACCAGCUCAUUCCUGCAGAAGGGGGUGGACGGAUACAUUCCUCUGGGCGAUUUCUUUGGUUUCUGCCAACAUCAAAAGAGGACUCGGGAAACUACACUUGUGUUACAUGCUAUUCUAAUUAUAAGAAACAGUACACUGUGAGUGUGAUGGUGUAUCCACACAAACAAGGAAUUUGUUUCCCAAGUCACAUAAAUUAUCCAAAUGAAACCGGAACGUUAACUUCUGGAAGAAUUGUUUGCCCUACGAUUGACAAUUAUGAGAAUGCUACUAUUGUCGAGUGGUAUAAGGACUGCAAAGUUCUCCAAGGACCACGUGAAAAAUAUUUAAUGGGAGAGAAGUAUCUUUUUAUUAAACAUCCCCAAAAAACUGACGAAGGACAUUAUACUUGCCAUUUUACCUACACACACAGUGCAAAUGUAUAUAAUGUAUCAGCGACAAGACCCUUUAUAGUUAAAGAAGAAGUCUCUUCACCUAUACCUCCCCAAAUUCAGUAUCCAACAGACAAUGCUGUAAUACAAGUGGCGUUUGGUUCUCCUGUGGACAUUAGCUGUAGAGCCCUUCUGGGAAUUGGGAAGCAAAAUAUAGCUGUUGUUACAUGGGAGGUUAAUGAAAUCAAAGCUGAAGAUCUCGAUACUUCAAGGUUUCGUGAAGACCGUCAAUUUUUUAUGGGACGUGAUCGGGAAUACUAUGGAGAGUCCAUUUUAAAUAUUGAGGAAGUAAAGGAAGAGGAUCUUCUGUCGAAUUUCACAUGUAUAGCACUAAAUGAAAUAGAACAUGUAAUGCUCACGGUGACAUUACAGCUCAAAGUGCCUUGUAAGGGAGAUAAUCACAGCACCUACACAACAAUAGGGAUUUUUGUUUUGUUAGUUAUAAUAGCCCUCUUGCUCAUACUUUACCAGUUUUUCCAAACUGAUAUUGUCCUACUGUGUCGGGGGAUAUUUAAACCCUACAAAACCCAGGAUGAUGGGAAGAUAUACGAUGCAUAUGUUAUCUAUCCCAAAAAUCGCACUAAUGAAGCUAAUUUUGUGGAAUAUUUUGUUCACCAGAUUUUGCCAGAUGUUCUAGAAAAUAAACACGGAUAUAAACUGUGUAUUUAUGGGCGAGACAUGUUGCCGGGGGAAGAUGCAGCCAAUGCAUUUGAAAUGAGAAUACAGAAGAGCAGGAGACUGAUCAUCAUUCUAACACCUCAGCUAAUUCAGUGUGAGGAAUUUGGUUAUGAACACCAGAUUGCCUUAUACAGUGCCCUCAUUCAGAACAACAUAAAGGUGAUCCUCCUUGAAAUGGAGACAAUUGGGAACUAUGAGGGCUUGCAAGAAUCCCUCAGGCACAUCAUCAAGCAGCAGGGUACCAUAAAAUGGAAAGAGAAGCACCAAGAAUGCCCACAUGCAUCCAACUCUAAAUUCUGGAAACAUGUGAGGUACCAUAUGCCACUGAGACACAAGCCUUCACAACUCAACCAUGCUGUGUAAAUAGGUAUCUUUUUCUCUUAGGUUCAUGAGAGUUUGCAAGAAUAAUUCCAGAUUAUGGUCCAGCAAGAUCUUGUAAAAUGCAGAGAAGAAUCUGUGGGUUUCCUUAUUUGAAAAAAGAAAAGGAGUACUUGUGGCACUUUAGAGACUAACAAAUUUAUUAGAGCAUAAGCUUUCGUGAGCUACAGCUCACUUCAUCGGAUGCAUUUGAAAAGAAAGCAAUGACUUCUAUCAGCUCUUGCAAGAAGAUAGGGGCCUCUUAUGUGUGUCUUUGCAUGUGAACAUGGGAAAGAGCAAGCUAUGCAGAAAAUAAGAGAGAAAUUCUUACAAGCAAUUGAAAAAGCAUGUGUGUUAUAAGGUUCCUCAUGGAAGAGUCUGAAAGUCCAGGGUUUUUUUUUUCUGCAUUGAUAAGAAGGGUUUUCUUGUGUGAAUAGGUUUUCUUGAAUGGUCAGAAUGUUGGAAAGACAGCAUACUUGUUUCUAUCUAUAAAUAAUAGUUUACUUGCUUUUUUAAGUAGAGCUCAUUGAAAAUUCACCACUGGUUUCCAGGUGGUUUUUUUUUGUUUUGGUUUGGUUUAUUUUUGACAAAAAGUCUAAAUUUUCAGCUAUUUUGGUGAAAUUUUUUGGUGGAAAUUUUUCCCCCGACCAGCUAUAUUUGACAAUAUAUUUGACAUUAAUUUGCCUCAGUGAAAAUGUACAAAUUCAGCCUGUCUGUAGAUCAGAUUCCCUGGCAUAUUUACCUUUACCCUUUACUUUAAUAGCUAUUUCCAAAUAGAGAAUCUGCUGUGCCUUGUAAAAAGAUAAACUAAAUCCUACCCCAGAUAUCUGUCAUGUAUGUAUCCCAAAGUAUGUGUUUUAUCAGAAUAUUCAGAAAGAUGUGUUGGAAUAAAAUAGAAAUAUUCAUCUCAGAACUGAUCAGUUUUUCAGUUUGUAAUGAAGAGGAAUCACAGCCCCACCUAGUGGGUGAG